AUGGACGAAGAAGAAUUCUCAACGGAAAAUCCUUCACAGUUACUUGGAUCAGCCUCUGAUUUUGCUCACUAUCCAGGCGUUCAAAACGAAGCCGCAGCCAAGGAAUUUCUCAAUCGUUUUCCGCUUCCAGUCAUUAUCAAUGCUUUGCAAACAAAAACAGAAGUGCCUGGAUUAGAAGCUACUCUAGUGGCUUGUUUAGAAAGAAUCUUUAAAACCAAGUAUGGUGCUUCGCUCAUUCCACUCUAUAUGCCUUUUGUGAAAGUAGGUUUGACGGCGGAUUCUCAAUUGGUUAGAUGUUUAGCUUGCAAAACGGUCGUAUGUCUUUUGGAGAAUAUCGACGGAAAGACCAUAUCAGCUGUGCGGCUGAUUAUCGACAAUGGCAUAUACCCGCUUUUGCUUGAUUGCCUCAUCAAUGGAAAUGAACAAGUGGCAACUGCAUCAAUGGAGACAAUUAAGAAGUUAGCCGGCUCUCAAAAAGGCAUGGAAAUUGUCUUCCCUCAAAAUAACAGCGAUGAUAUGCACCUUGAGAAAUUAUCAGCCCGAUGUUCAUCCCUGGGACGUGUCCGGGUAUUAUCUUUGAUAGUGAAAUUAUUCUCUGUUUCUAGAGAUGUGGCAUCAGCAGUUUACAACUCAAAUCUGCUGAGUUUAUUGGAGGUGGAAAUCGGAAAUAUGGAUGAUACCCUUGUAACUUUAACUGUUUUGGAGCUCUUUUAUGAGUUAUCAGAAGUCCAGCAUGGCGCGGAAUUCUUGUCAAAGAGCACUCUUGUCCAACUGCUUUCUUCCAUUAUCAGCAACACGUCAAUAGAAGCUAUAUUAAGAUCAAGAGCAAUGAUGAUAAGUGGAAGGCUUCUCUCCAAUGACAACAUAUACAUGUUCAUUGAAGAAUCUAGUAAGACUUAUCCUGAAGUUCUGGAGUUAGUAGAUUUUCAAAGGAAAAUUUAUUUGAAGAAAUUGCAUUUUAGUUCACCCAUAGUGCUUCAUUUUAUUUUUGAUCACAUUGAGUGCAACUCUUCUAUAAAUAAGACAGCAUGCACCUUGCAUGACUGUGUUAAAACCAUAAUAUCAGCCAUCGAUGGAAGACUUGCGUUAGAAAGUCAAGAUCUGAAUGAAUGUGAAUCUGCCCUUGAAGCAUUGGGCCAAAUAGGAUCUUCAAGCCAAGGAGCAACAUUGCUACUCACGAGUUCACCUCCUGCUGCUAGACAUGUUAUAGAUGCGGCCUUUGAUAAGCAAGCACGUGGUAAACAACUGGCCUCAUUGCACUCUCUUGGAAACAUCUCAGGCGAAACUCGAUCUGAUAACAACAUCAUAAUGAAUGGUGAUGCAGAAGAAAGCCUCCGGCGCUUGGUCUAUGAAACAGCAUCCAAGAGCUCAAAGCUGACACCAUCAGGCCUUUUCAUAUCAGUUCUUCAACAAGAUUCAGAAGUUCGAUUGGCAACUUACCGAGUGUUAACUGGGUUGGUAGCUCGGCCAUGGUGUCUGAUGGAAAUUUGCUCAAAGCAGGAGAUAAUAAAUAUAGUGACUGAUCCAAAUACUGAAACGACAAAAAUAGGUAUGGAAGUUAGAUAUAAAUGCUGCAUAGCAAUUCACAGGGCUUUCAUGUCCUCCAGUAAACUUAGCGGCAACCCUGCUCUUGCUCCAAUAGCUGCCAAGGAAGCCGUUAGUCGAGGUCCAUAUUUGGCAGGCAAGAUUCGUGAAGCACAACCUGUGGAGUUGAAAGGUGUGGUCGGGCUGUACCAAUAG